UGUAACGCCACUGGUAAAAGCGUGUACACCUAAUUGGCUGCCCGUCAUCACGUGAGCAAAUCGUAUCCAAUACCACACAUGCGCAUUACGGCGUUUGAAUUCAUAAAUAAAACAAGGUUAUGUUGACGCCAAUUGUCAACUUGUUAUAUGUGGUGUUUUGAUAGUUUUUAAAACUAGCCGGGCAGAAAUGAGUGCUCUUUUAAACGAUUUAACAAAAGCAGUGGAAGCGAAUAAUGAAGAGAGCAUUUUGGAAUCUUUAACAUGUGUUAUUGCUCAGGGUACAGACAUCGAAUUAGAAAAUAAUAAAAUACUGAAACAGAUCAUCACACUAAAAAAUGACAAAAUAACCCAAGCAUUUGUUGAAGUGGCAGCGGAAUGGUCCAAGCAUGAGCAUAACAGGAUGGUUUUUACUGAUAAAGAUAUUAUUGAAUACUUGUUGAGUCUGUUAGACAAGUCGGAAGAGUCUUUAGUGGUGGGUACCAUUCGAGCGCUGGGUAAUAUAUGUUACGAAAAUGAUGAAGCACGGAAAAUUAUUAAUAAAGGAGGGUUGUCCAAAGUUAUAUCAUUACUUGAAGAAGAUGAUAAAAGAAAGAAUAAUUUGCUAACUUUGAAAGUGACUGGGUUCCUUGUGAAUUUAUUAAUGAGUAAUGAUGAAUUGCAAAAGGCUGCGUUAAAUUUAAAUAUUAUGGAUGUAAUUGAAAAGAUUUUGAACAAGUACAUUAAAACAUUUAAUGAAAAUCAGAUGUUAUUUGCAUUUUUGCUGACGGUGUUAAAUCACGUUAUAGAUUUUAUUGAAGAUCAGAAUGUACCGUUUACUGAGAGUUUGUGUUGCACCAUUGUAGACAUUUUUAAAAUGUCCUCAACUCCAGAAAUUUCGGUUUUGUGCUUAGAAAUUUUACAUGGACAGUCUGAUAAAGAUGAUAUAAAAACAUUAUUGGCAAAGAAGGGUGUUUGUGAAUUGGUAUUUGAGUUGAUAGAAAAAUACAGAAAUCAAGUAAAUGAUGAAGAGAGUAGAUCAGUUUUGAAAAUGGCUUGUGAUAUGAUUGUUAUAAUAUUAACAGGAGAUGACUGUAUGUAUUUACUUUAUAAUAACGGAAAUGGAAAAGUAUAUGAAAACAUGGUGACUUGGCUGGAUUCAGAUGAUCCAGACUUAUUAAGUACGGGUGUUUUAGCAAUAGGAAAUUUUGCCCGCAAAGAUACCCAUUGUAUACAAAUGGUACAACAUGGUAUAUCUGAAAAGCUUAUAGGUAAGAAUAUUAAGACAAAUCAUGAAAUAUUUGACAUUAUUAUUUUAGCUUUAAUAUCGAAGCACAACACCAGUGACAGUGAUAUAAAAGUGCAACAUGCCUUAUUGAGUACCUUGAAAAACCUUGUGAUCCCGCAACAAAACAAACCAAUUGUUUUAGAACAAGGUUUAAUUGAUGCUAUUUAUCCCAUGAUAAACUUAGAGCAAUAUUUGGUCAUAUUCAAACUACUAGGAACUUUUCGAAUGGUCAUUGAUGGUCAAGAAAAAGCCGCUUUGGAUCUCAUAUCGCGCAAAGACUUUUUAGAAAAAUUGAUGUAUUGGUGUUACAACUCAGACCAUUUGGGUGUACGCGGUGAAGUCCCUCGCCUCUUGUCAUGGUUAAUAAAACACUGUCAUUCAUUCAAACCUUUCAAAACGUUAAUCCAGACUAAGGAUAGCGUGAAAUGUUUGGUUGAAAUGUCGUCCUCGAAUCACGGGGUGAUGCAAAACGAGUCAUUUUAUGCUUUAAAUUUGCUAAUUAUCGGUUGUGGGGUUUCAAAUGAAAAUGAUAGUUCAAACGGAUUAAAUGGCGAACAUGGCAAUGAUGAUGGAGUUUUGUUUGAACAAUUCAUAAGCGCUGAAAUUGGUAAAAAUCUUAACUUUGUUGUCAAUAAGUACGGUGACAAAAUGGAUAAGCACACAAUUGAGAAUCUAUUAACUUUAUUAGAACAGUUAGUUAAUUCACCUCCUGUUGUUCAGCAUUUGAAAUCUAACAGUGUAGGGGAAGCACUAGAAAAGUUGUCUAGCAAUCCCAACGCACAAAGUCUUAAUGAAAAAUUAAAUCACCUAGUUGGUCAAAUUAAUAAAAGCUAAAGGAGUGAUUUACUGACCAAAGUACCAAUUUGAAAUAGAUUUCUUACUAAUAGUAGGAUUACUAUUUUUCAUUAUCGUGCAAUUUUUGAUGUAAGGUUUUAGAUUUAACGAAAUAGUUGCCUUUAAGUGCAUGUUAUAAAGUGAUUUAUGCAUUACGCAUUAUUCUUGGUGUUGAAUAGUAUUUUUUUAAAAUUCCAUUGUAACACGUAAGAAACGCCCGUCAAAUUUUAUUAGCUCUUUAAACAAUUAUGGUAGUCUAUAGUAAUGAGACUAAUCUUAUGAAUACAUGGUGUCUAUGCAUAUAUUAUGUUAACUAAAUGAGUUGCAUUUAAGAAAUUGUGACUCAUAGUGUAUGCUUUUGAAACACAUACAGCAGGGUUGUUGAAUUUCUAUAGAAGUAUAUAUAGUAUAAAGUUCUUGGAACAAAAAUUUUAGCCUUUGCACUAGAAUUGAGAUUAAAAUUUUUAAAAUUCUAGAUAUAGAGAGCUCUUAUGCCUUUGUUUUUUAAUGAACAAUUACUAAACUUUUACAAGAAAAUAGCUUUUUAACACUGCUUUGGGUGUACUGGCUGAACUUUAUAUUUAGUCCACAGUGAUUCAGUAUUAGACCACUCAGAUCUCAUCAGACUUUCGCCAUUUUUAUUUUAUUCUUAAAAAUACUAUAGGUGAUUUGAUCAACUCCAUCUUAUAAAAACUCAAUACAUAUUCUUUGUACAUUGUUACGACGUGUUCUUACAGUAAGGAACUUAUUUGUUCAGUUACUUUGGCGCCUUGAAAAGCAACACGUGUUCCACAAAGGGAAAAACGCACUUUUUCAUAUUUAAUAUCACCGUUCGUUCAUGUUUUUACACAAAACUGUAAGUAUUCGCAAGAAAUAAACCAUACUAAAAAUAAAA